UUUUGGUUACGGGAAAAGUGAACUUGCGAGCUUCCAUGUACUUCUGUAUUCUUUGCCAGAUGCUUUCAGGUGUUUUUAAUGUUACUGAUGAAUUUCGACGUGUGGUCAUUGUGGCGUUAUUAAUCUAAUGGAAAUAACAAUUUGAAAAAGCAUAACGUUUUUUUUAUAUAAUGUGUUGUGUAGCUAUUGCCACAGUGAUCGUUGUUACGGUAUGUUUGUUUACAGUUCGAAGCGGUAACUUGAAGGAGAAAUAUUAUAGAGAAAAGAAACUAGAACUUUCUUUGUAAAACUUCGAGCGUUUAAUUAUUAUACCAUUUCGAAUAUAAAAUUAGCGAUGUCUACAUUUAAGUCAAGUGAUUCUAAAAGAGAAGAGUACAGAAAAUAUUUGGAAAGAGCAGGCGUUAUGGAUGCUCUUACUAAAGUACUUGUAUCGCUUUACGAAGAAACAGAAAAACCAAAUGAUGCAUUAGAAUAUAUACGUAAGAAUCUUGGAGACAUAACCGAAAACAAUUUAGAAAUUAAUACGUUAAAAAAAGAAUUAGAUGAUGCUAAAGCAAAAAUUACUGAGUUGCAAGAAAAAUUAGUAAAAUAUGAACAAAAUGAAGCGAACAAUUAAAUCUUAAUUUUCAUAUGACUACUAUUUUAUUAAUAAAAUAAUAAUGGAUAGCAAAGGUUAACUAAGUGCUGACAAAGUAGUACUACUUCUAUCUUUGUAAGCGUAUUCUUAAUAUUUUGAAUGUUUAAAUGUAUAAAAAAAAAAAUAAAAUUCAGGAAAUAAUUCUUUUAAA